GAAAGGGGGUGAGGCGGAGGGUUUCCGGGGAGAAGAGCCGAAGCUCGGACGUGGGUGGAGAACUCUGUCCUCGCGGAUUCCGGAAGAGUUGGCGUUUACUUUUUUCUCCCUUUUCCCUUUUCUUGUUUGUGUAUGAAGGAGGGCAGGUUUUGUGUUUCUUUUUUAAUAGCAGAGACACAAACUGUCCUGUCCCAAGUCGCUCUUCAGAGAGUGAGGCGAUAGAGCCGCCGUGGCUUCCGAGCCUCUUCGAAACGUCACACAGUAACUGCACGGUUUCAGCCAGCCUCCGCCGCAGCUAGCUCCAUCGCGGGGGAAACGGGAGAGGCCCGGCGGCGGGCUCUGCAUUUCGUCGGGCGACAGCGCGACUCUGGCACCCUGGUCUGAGAUCCACACUGGAUCACGAGAAAGAGUCCUGAAGCAAAGACAUUUUAGAGAGAAAAUACUCAAGGGCCAUGCAAGCCAGCUGUAACCAACUGCAUGAUCCUCCUGGCACUGCACACGAUGAAGAUGCUGCAGCCUCCCCAUGUGUUCAUUCAAGAGCUACAGAAGGUUCCCUUCACCCUGGAGAUGUACAUAUCCAGAUAAACUCCGGAUCAAAAGAAUAUUCUGAAAAUCCAAGCUCUAGAAAUACAAGGUCAGGCGUCUGUACCUGUGCCCAUGGAUGUGUGCAUAGUCGUUUCCGGAGUUACUCCCACAGUGAAGCAAGGCCACCUGAUGACUUUGCCACAGAGUCUGGGGAACAUGGAAGUGGCUCCUUCUCAGAAUUCCGCUAUCUCUUCAAGUGGUUGCAAAAGAGUCUUCCUUAUAUUUUGAUUUUGGGUAUUAAACUUGUUAUGCAGCAUAUAACAGGAAUUUCUCUUGGAAUUGGGCUGCUAACAACUUUUAUGUAUGCAAACAAAAGCAUUGUAAAUCAGGUUUUUCUAAGAGAACGGUCGUCAAAGCUUCACUGUGCUUGGUUACUGGUGUUCCUGGCAGGUUCUUCCAUCCUCUUAUAUUACACCUUUCAUUCUCAGUCACUUCAUUACAGCUUAGUUUUCUUAAACCCUACACUUGAACAGUUGAGCUUCUGGGAAGUUCUUUGGAUUGUUGGAAUUACAGACUUCAUUCUGAAAUUCUUUUUCAUGGGUUUAAAAUGCCUGAUUUUACUGGUGCCUUCUUUCUUCAUGCCUUUUAAAUCAAAGGGAUAUUGGUACAUGCUUUUAGAAGAAUUGUGUCAGUAUUACCGAAUUUUUGUUCCCAUACCAGUUUGGUUUCGGUACCUUAUAAGCUACGGGGAGUUUGGUAAUGUAACUACAUGGAGUCUUGGGAUAUUGCUGGCUUUACUCUACCUCAUACUAAAACUUUUGGACUUUUUUGGACAUUUGAGAACUUUCAGACAGGUCUUACGAGUAUUUUUUACACGACCAAGUUAUGGAGUGCCUGCCAGCAAGAGACAGUGUUCAGAUAUGGAUGGUAUUUGUUCAAUAUGUCAAGCUGAAUUUCAGAAGCCAGUUCUUCUCUUUUGUCAACAUAUAUUCUGUGAAGAAUGUAUUACCUUAUGGUUUAACAGAGAGAAAACAUGUCCACUGUGCAGAACUGUGAUUUCAGAACAUAUAAACAAAUGGAAAGAUGGAGCCACAUCAUCUCAUCUUCAGAUGUACUAAGUCGUACAAACUAUUAAGGCCUCGAGACAUGAAUUUUAUCUGGUUUGCUAACUAUUGAUAAAGGCAUCAUAAUUAGUCUCCAGCAGUAGAAAAAUGGUUUUUCAGGAGUAGAAAAAUGGUUUUAGGGUAUCACGAGACAUAUGUUUAUAGUUCAGUUUCUCAAAAGUUUAAGUGCAAGAGCCCUACAUUUUUAAACUAUAUAUUCACCUUAAUAAAUAUGCAAUACUUAAUCCACUUAUUUGACAGAUAAUUGCAGUGUUAAAUUGGAAAUGUGGUUUAUCAUCAAUAAUACCAAAACAGCAAUUAGAAACUAGAACUAGACAUUUUAAAGGGGUUCAGGUAGUGUUUCCUGACAUGGUUUUCAGAAUAAAGAUUUUGCAUAGUAUUUUAAGAUAUAUAUAUAUAUAUAUAUAUAAUCUAAAACAAUUUUUCAGACUUUUAUAAUUCCCAUUCUAAAAAUGCUUAAAUUUUUCAUAAAAUUGUAUUUUUAAAUGAAAGUUCUAAAUGCUAUAUUUUACCUAUAACAAUUACAUUUUUUAAGUGAAGAUUUACUGAGGAUGAUAUAUUUUAAUACUGUACUGUGCUCUAUGACUAGUGAUCAGUGAGAAUAAAUGAUUUAGAUUCA